AUGACCCUCUCAGUGCUUCACGAGGUGCCCGAGCAGCAGAAUACCACGGUGAUCGUGGUGGACGGCAGAAACUUCACGCAGCUCUCCGAUGAGCUGCAAAACGCCUCGCAGACCUUGGGCGCUGCGCAGUCUCUGGUGCCGGUCUUCGAGCAAAGCCUGCUGGACGUGCUGAGUGCGGACCAGGAGGUCAGACAAGCAGAGUUGCUGAAAGAGGAUGCGCUGAAGAAGAUCGACGCAUUGAUGAAUGUGACGAUCGACUCCUCCACGAACGUGGAUCAUCACUUGAUCGACUCGUGGGUGUCCGACAACGGCAGCAAGUUGGUGAACAAGACGGUGACGGCGGCCUCGGCGUCCGGGCGGGCGGCGCAGCUCGCACAGGUAGUGGAGGAGGCCAACGGCCGCAUCCAGCUGGGCCUGUCGCGGCGCGAUGCGGCGCUGGGGAAGCAGACGCAGACGGUGGAGCAGAUUCAGAGCAAUCUCCGAGAGGUCAUCCUCUCGGUCGGGGCCUCGAAGCCUUGCCACUCGCGGGGUCGAGUGCCGAGUGCCGAGUGA